AAAGUGGUCGGUUUAAAUGUAAGUAUGACAUGCACAACGCACAAGUUUAGAAUGUGGUAUAUUCGUCCAUUAUGUUUCAUUUAUGGUUUUGGAAUUUAGGGAACGAGAAUUAUUAUGAGGAAAAAAUGGACGAAGAUUCUGACAUAGAACCGAUGAUAAAUAUGGUGCUUCCCGAAAGUUCAACCCACCAUUUAAGCAUCACAAACGUCCUCGACUACUGCAAAAGUAAAAUCAUCAACCCGUAUUUAAGGUUGCUAAGCUUAAUGGGUCUACGUCCGUUGAUCUAUGAACAACACGAACCUGGUUGUUGCACGGAUGUGGCAAACUUCCUCUACACUUCGCUCGUAGUUUUACUCAUGAUUUGCGGAUAUGUGAUUCAAUAUAUGGCUUGUUUCAGACGUGACAGAGGCUUUUGUCAGGUUAGACAACAACAUCAGCAACAGCAGUAUGGAGAAUUAUUGGACGCAAGGGCCGUCAAUGUUACGUACGUUUACGAGAAGACUUGUGAUGGUUCGGUUCUUUUUACGUUCAUUACUCCAAGUGUUUUGCAUCUGUUUGGGUACAUACAUGCGGUUAUGGUUUUUCGUGGUUCCGACGACGAUCAGCUACCGAUACUAAUGGAGAGGGUGUUCAUUUCUUCGGCCAAUUUACCGAACGGGUUUUUAAGCCAGAAAAAGCUGGUCAGGACGUUGUGGUGGUUCGUGUCUGUCAGUCUGAUAUGGAUGCUUUUAUCCAUGGUUUCUGUAAACAGUAUGAUGAUUGCUGCCGAUGACAUCGUCACCUUCAAAUGGCUACAAGAUUGCCCUCCGUACGUGGGAACGAUAAUGAAAGUAAUGUUGAUAGUGUGCACGUUAUGGCAUGACAUCGUCCAAGCGAGCGUCAUCUCCAACUACUGCCUCCAAGCCCACCUGCUGACUUGUAACCUGCACUUCCUGCGCCAAAAACUCCUUCAGUAUCCCAUACGACCGUUGGAAUGGAUGCGGGACAUCGAAGACUUCAAGAAAAUGCUGAGACACUUCAACCAGCAGAUCGCGCCCAGCGUCUGUCUGUUCACCAUCGUGAAUCUGUCUUGUUCCAUCGCGGGACUCUUGUGGUUGUUCAAGUUCGACCGCAUCGACACCGAAACGUUGCCCGUUUUUGGAACGAGCGUCUCGAACGUCAUUCUAUGGAUAUUAAUCUCCAUUGUUCCCUUCGUGCAAGCGGCGAGAUUAACGAACGCAUGCGAGAUAAUAAAAGCGGUCGGACAGGAAGCGAGGAUUCGUCCGUUCGUUCAUCAAGACACUCCUGCAUUCGAACUUGAUUCGGUGCUGAUUUACGCGUCCAGUUUAAAAAUCGACGCCCGCCUCUUUUACACACCCAUACACGGGAAAUAUUUGUGUUUCCUUGUGACGGUUUCCGUCAUCAUGUUGCUGGUACUCGGACAGUUACACUACUAUUUACUGUGAGAUCCGAUUGCGAAUCAGAAUGUAUGAAAUGGGAAAAUAAAAGCAGGCGAGUUUUACAAAAAGUCUUUAAUAUAAUCUAAUAUAAUACACCUACGCAGGCCAAGUUAAUAUGUAGUAAAGAUGAAUUUGUAUCUCGGUAAAUAGCGGUAGAUCUGUAUUUGUAGAAAUUCCAUCGUGUCUACUAGAGGCAGUAGCAGUAUAAUAAUGUAUAUUCAAUAUGAACAAUCGAAAUCGAAAAUCAAGUGCUGAACUUAUACAAAUACGUCACUACUAAUUGUAAAUUAAAAAGGGUGCGCAGGACAAGUCGGUG